GCGAUUGUUGACGGCGGCCGGGGGGAGGGGGGAAUCGAUGCUCUCCGCGCUCCGUUCCUGCCGCCCGCCCUGUCAUGGCGGCGCCCAGGGAGGAGACACGUGGCCUGUUCGGCCAGGGGGUCCGGGCGGUGCUGGGCAACUGGGCCGCGCUGCAGAUCGCGGUGGAGCAUGGCUUCGGCGGGGCGCACGGCCGGGAGAAGGCCGAGUGGAUGGUGGGAGCGGUGGAGCAGUAUUUCCACAGCAACGGUGAGACCCACCGACCGAGCGGGCGUCUGAGCAGCGCCUGGCACGACGGCCCCCCCGAGAUCACGGGGUCUAGUGGUUAG